AUGAAUGCAAGCCCCAAAGUUAAACAUUUCCUUUGGAGAUCCUACACGAAUUCUCUUCCUACUCGUGCUCUUCUAAAAACCCGACACCUACUUGACGAUGAUGCAUGCCCUUGGGGCUGUGGCGCCAUUGAAACUACUUGUCAUGCUUUGUUUGAAUGUCCUCGUGUGCUCGAGCUUUGGCAGGACCUGGCGUGUGAAGAGCUUUGUUUUAAUUCCUCAAAUCUUGGGAUGUGUGAUUUGGUAGAAAGCCGGAAGAAUUGUGAAAAGGCAACCCUAUCUCGUGGCAUAUAUUUGGCUUGGUGCAUAUGGUCCGAAAGAAAUUUAUGGGUCUUUCAAGGGAAGCGCACACCGAAUCAUGUAAUUGUCUCUCGUGUGCAGCGGCUCGUGGAUGAAUAUGGCAAAUUUACGGCUCGUAUCUACUGCACCAAAGCAGCGUCCUGUGUGCCUAGUGCAACGGUCUGGCGAGCUCCCCCUCUUGGUUUGCUGAAAUUGAAUGUUGAUGCAUGUCUUGCGGAUGUUGGAUGGGUUAGUUUAGGCGUGGUAGGUCGAGAUUCUCUGGGCAUGUUGUAUUCGCGGCCACUCGGCGGGUUAAGGCUUUUUGGAGCCCAGAAGUUGCCGAAGCAAAGGCAAUUCAAAUGGGUGUUCGACUUGGUCUUCGAUUUGGAGUUAGGGACAUGA